AUGAACAUAACUAUACCAUUUAUAAGCAAAACAUGUUGGUCUGUAAUACAUACAGACAAAAUAAAAAUAGACUCUCUCUACAUACCGAUAUUCGAGGAGAUAUUGGAGGAAAUACACAAACUUCACCCUACCUUAGAUGAAGAAGAUUUCGACUUGUAUUGGCCUUACUCCCCGAACGAUUAUUUGCACGUAGUGAACUAUAAAAGUUACUUUACCGCACUGCAACUGAUGGUGAGGCCGAUUAUUUUACUAUUUCUAAACGACGUCGUGGAAAAUCACGAUUGUGUUGAGGCGUAUCGCGAACUAAAAAGUCUGGAUUUCGAUGAAAGCAGAGACGAUAGAAAAAGUAAAACAAGUCCAUAUGAUGCCACGAUAGUUGGAAGAGAUAAUAGCAGUCAAAUAAAUUUAUUAAAUUUCGAAGCAGAAUUGUUAAAGGAAAAAGUUUGUUGCACAAAGGAAGAAAUAUUUGCGUAUGCCCUAAGUAAACUCCCAAAAAUCGAAUGCUUUACAAUGGAUCAGCUGCAAAAACACAACUUAAUGGAACUCGCGAAAAAAGGUUGGUUUUCUUUAUAA